AUGGCAUUGUCGCUGGAUGAAUUUAUCCACUCCCUUGACCUUCGGACCCUCCCCAGGGUCCUUGAAAUCCAGUCAGGCAUUUAUCUUGAAGGCUCAGUUUAUGAAAUGUUUGGAAACGAAUGCUGCUUGUCAACAGGAGAAGUGAUUAAAAUUAUUGGUCUCAAAAUUAAAAAGAUCAUAGCUGAAAUCUGUGAACACAGGGAAAGUGGUCAGUCUUCACGGUCAUUUGAACUGCCUAUGAAUUUUCCAGGUCUUUUUAAGAUUGUGGCUGAUAAAACUCCAUACCUUACCAUGGAAGAAAUUAUAAGAACAAUUCAUAUUGGACCAGGUAGGCUAGGACAUCCUUACUUCUAUCAUCAGAAGGAUAUACAACUAGAGAAUAUCAUCAUAAAGCAGGGCGAACACUUCACGCUCAAUGCAGUUGAAGAGAUCAAUGGAGAAAUGAUGGUGAACUGUGGCGUGAACAGAAAUCAUCAAAAUCACUCAUUUACUUUGCCUUUGUCACAAGAAGGGCACUUCUUUGAGUGUGAAGAUGAACAUAUUUAUACCCUCAAGGAGAUUGUUGAGUGGAAGAUCCCAAAGAAUAGAGCGCGAACUGUGAAGCUUACCGAUGUUUCAAAGAAGUGGGAUUCAACAAAUCCAUUUCCAAAAGGCUUUUAUGGCUCUUUGAUUCUCAAGCCUGUUUAUGAAAUUCAAGGUGUGAUGAAAUUUCAAAAGGAUAUAGUCCACCUUCUUCCCAGCUUAGAUGUUGAAGUCAAAGACAUUACUGAUCGCUAUGAGGCGAACUGGUUUCUUCAGCUCUUAUCUACAGAAGACCUUUUUGAAAUGACCAGUAAAGAGUUCCCUGUAGUGGCUGAAGUCAUAGAAGGGCCAGAAGGAAAGAAGCUGCCUGGAAACAUUUUACAGUCCGGGAAAACCAUUGUGAUCCACAAAAAGUACCAGGCAUCAAGGAUCUUAGCUUCAGAAAUUAGAAGCAAUUUUCCUAAACGACACUUCUUGAUCCCCAUGAGCUACAAAGGCAAAUUCAAGCGGCGACCUCGGGAGUUCCCAACUGCCUAUGACCUUGAGAUAGCUAAGAGUGAAAAGGAGCCUCUCCACGUGGUAGCCACCAAAGCCUUUCAUUCCCCUUAUGACGAGUUGUCAUCCAUAUCAGUUGGAGACCAGUUUGUAGUGCAUCACUCGCAGUCUACUGAAGUCCUCUGCAAGAAGGGAAAAAAAGCGCUGAAAGUUCUGGCCUGUGAAAAAAUCCUCAGAAAGUCUUAUGAGGCAACACUGCUGCCUUUGUACACGGAAGGAGGUUUUGUGGAGGUGAUUCAUGAUAAGAAACAGUACCAAAUUUCUGAGCUCUGCACACAGUUCCGCUUGCCCUUCAAUGUGAAAGUGUCUGUGAGGGACCUUUCUAUUGAAGAGGACACUUUGGCAGCCACACCAGGACUGCAGUUGGAGGAAGAUAUUACAGACUCUUAUCUACUUGUUAGUGACUUUUCCAACCCCAGCGAGUGCUGGGAAAUUCCUAUCAGCCGCUUGAAUAUGACUGUUCAUUUAGUUAGUAAUUUGCUUAGAGAAACAGAAUCAUUUUCAGUCAGGACUCUGGUUGAAGAGAUCUCUGAAGAACAAUAUUAUAUGAUGCGGAGAUAUGAAAGCUCUUUCUUGCUUCCCCCACCCCUCCCUCCCAAACAUCCCUUACUGGUGGAAGCUAAGUCAACUCUGCUAACCCAACCAGAACAAAGGAGAGCAGAUCUGCCUAAAUCUCCCAAGAGUCACCAUGUAGACAUGGCCAAGAAACCGCACUCUAGUCAAGCCGGCCCGAAUCCCAAAGAAGCAGGUGGGUGUCAGAAUAAUUCUGCCUAUGUGGACAGAGAGAGGAGCAAGAGUGGGACCACUGCAACAGCAGACACCAAUGUGACCACAGAUAUGUCAGUAAUUUCCUAUGCUGCCUCGGGGUGA